CGGAGCUGCUGUCCCCCGCGCAGAUCGAGGAGCCGAGAAGCAGGAGGGUGGACAUGCUGGGGGUGGUUCGCAUCUUCUCUCUGCUCGUGGCGCCGCUGCUGCUGGGCUCUGCGAGUUGCUUGCGUAAAGCCCCACAAAGGACAUUCGAGAUCGACUACAGCCGAGACCGCUUCCUUAAGGAUGGCCAGCCGUUCCGCUACAUCUCAGGCAGCAUCCACUACUUUCGAGUGCCCCGCUUCUACUGGAAGGACCGACUGCUGAAGAUGAAGAUGGCUGGGCUGAACACCAUCCAGACGUACGUGCCCUGGAACUUUCAUGAACCCCAGCCAGGAAACUACCAGUUUUCUGAGGACCACGAUGUGGAACAUUUUAUUCAGUUGGCACAUGAGCUGGGACUGCUGGUUAUUCUGAGGCCGGGGCCCUACAUCUGUGCGGAAUGGGACAUGGGAGGACUGCCUGCUUGGCUCUUAGAAAAAGAGUCUAUUGUCCUUCGUUCUUCAGACCCAGAUUACCUGGCGGCUGUGGACAAGUGGCUGGGGGUUAUUCUGCCCAAGAUGAAGCCUCUCCUCUAUAAGAAUGGAGGACCGAUUAUAACUGUGCAGGUUGAAAACGAAUAUGGCAGCUUCUUCACUUGUGAUUACGAUUACCUGCGUUUCCUGCAGAAGCGCUUCCGCUUCUACCUGGGUGAUGAUGUGCUUCUGUUCACCACUGACGGGGCCACUGAGAAGCAUCUCCAGUGCGGGGCAUUGCAGGGCCUCUACGCCACUGUGGACUUCGGGACAGGCAGUAACAUCACAGCUGCUUUUCUAAUGCAGAGGAAGAGUGAGCCCAAAGGACCCUUGGUGAAUUCUGAAUUCUACACUGGCUGGUUAGACCACUGGGGCCAACCUCACUCAACAGUCAGGACUGAAGCAGUGGCUUCUUCCCUGCAUGAUUUACUCGCCCGUGGGGCCAGUGUGAACUUGUACAUGUUUAUAGGUGGGACCAACUUUGCCUAUUGGAAUGGGGCCAACUCACCCUACCAAGCUCAGCCCACCAGCUAUGACUAUGACGCCCCACUGAACGAGGCCGGAGACCUCACUGAGAAGUAUUUUGCUCUGCGAGAGGUUAUACAAAAGUUUGAGAAAGUACCAGAAGGCCCUAUCCCUCCGUCCACACCCAAGUUUGCUUAUGGAAAAGUUGCCCUGAAAAAGUUAAAGACAGUGGAGGAAGCUCUGGAUGUUCUGUGUCCAGCUGGACCCUUUAAAAGCCUCUAUCCUUUGACAUUUACCCAGGUGAAACAGUAUUUUGGAUUUGUGCUGUACCGAACAACACUUCCUCAAAACUGCAGUGACCCAACACCCCUCUCUUCACCCUUCAAUGGAGUCCAUGACCGAGCCUAUGUCUCUGUGGAUGGGGUCCCUCAGGGAAUCCUUGAGCGAGACAAUGUGAUCACGCUGAACAUAACGGGGAAAGCUGGAGCCACACUGGAUCUUCUGGUGGAGAACACAGGGAGGAUAAACUUUGGCAGAUAUGUCAAUGAUUUCAAGGGUCUGGUUUCUAACUUGACUCUUGGCUCCGAUAUUCUUGUCAACUGGAUGAUCUUCCCACUGGACACUGAGAAUGCCAUUCAAAGACACUUGGGAGGUUGGGAUAACCACAAAGGCGACAGCUGUUAUCACAUCUCUGCCCACAGCUCAUCCAACUACACCCUCCCGACCUUCUACUCAGGCAACUUCUCCAUUCCCAGUGGUAUCCCAGACUUGCCACAAGACACUUUUAUCCAUUUUCCUGGGUGGACCAAGGGUCAAGUCUGGAUUAAUGGCUUUAACCUUGGCCGCUACUGGCCAGUGCGAGGCCCCCAGCUGACCUUGUUCGUGCCCCGGCACAUCCUGGUGACAUCGGCUCCAAACACAAUUAUAGUGCUGGAAUUGGAGAGCGCCCCCUGCAGCAACUCAUGGAUGUGUGCUGUGGAGUUCCUGGACAAACCCCUCAUCAGUGCCACUGCAUCCCCCACGCACCUCUUUCGCCAGCGUGUCUAGUCUAAACUGGAGACCAUUGGGUCAUGUCUGAAGACAAGACUACGAGCCUUGAGGAGACUCAUACUGCGCAUACCUCACACCCCUACUUGGAAAUAGCUGGAAAUCAGAGUUAGCCAGUGUGUUCUCAUCCUCAGCCUCACCGCAGUCUGGCAGUGCCAGCACCCCACCAUCCAAGCUGCGCUUGGUUGUGUGCAGGACAUUAGGUGGCACGGGUGUGCGCAGAUGGAGCUGCAGGGUGAGAAUGGAAGAAUCGAGGUGUUUCUGAUUUUGGUCUUAAAGGAAUCAUGUUGUCUUUUUCUUAAAUAAAAUUCAUACUCUCAAGGA